AUGGCGACUCCGAAGCGGCUGAAUUUCGCCGAUACUUCUAUGGAGAAACCCGACUCAACGCAUGCAGCAGAAGAAGAAGAGCCGAUCAAGAAGACGACAACGAAGAAGAAGAAAUUAACUUCUCCGGUGACCAAACGGAUCUGGAACGAGGAUGAUGAACUCGCUAUCUUAAAGGGAUUAGUUGAUUACAGAGUAAAGACAAGAUUCGAUCCCAAUUUCGAUUGGGAUGGUUUCUUCAAUUUCGUCAAAAGCUCCAUCAAUGCAAAUGUCUCCAAGGAGCAGAUGUUUAGUAAGAUCAGGAAGCUGAGAAGAAAGUUCGUUCUGCACAUGGAGAGAAUCAAUGAAAGAAAAGAUCCACUCUUUACAAGGUCUACUGAUUCUCAAGCCUUUGGUUAUUCCAACAUGAUCUGGGGCCAAAAUGAUGUUGAUGUCUCUAACGGAGACGACAUGGAGAAAACACAUCAGAUUGAGAAUGGCAAUCAGAAGGUUGAGUUUAAGGAGAAUGGGCAUGUGGGUAAUGAUGAUGAGCCUGUAAACGAAAAUGGGGAGGAGAAAAGAGAAUCGCUUCAUCGAGUGGUGGGUGUUGACAAAAUUGAUGGAAAAGAGAGUCAUGGUGAUGAAGAUGGUGAUGAGUUUUGCGCGGUGAUAGACGCAGUUGAGACCAUGAUGUCGCAUGGAUUAAGUGAUUAUCAAAAGAAGCUGCAGCUUGAGAAGCUGAUGAACAUUGGAACAGGGAAAAGAAAAGAGUUGAGUGAUGAAUGGAAAGAGUUAUGUGCUGAGGAAGUGAAGUUGAAUAUCAAGAAGGUUAGGUUUUCUGCAAAGGUUGUAGAUGCAGCAAGUGAUGGGAUGAAAUGA